AACUCAAACCGGAAGACGAGUUUGAGUGUGAUUUUAAAAUAACUCUUAAUAUCAUUAAUUUUUUUAUUUUAACUGAGCCAUCCGGUAAACAUCUGUGUUGCUAGGAUACAGCUGCUAACUUAUUACCAGUGUUGGUUUGAUCCCGAAGCUUCACGACCUGAGUUGGUUUAGUCGAAGAAAGUAAACUCCAACACAACACCAAGGAUUUUCAGCAAGCUGCCUCCAGCCAUGCCGUUGGUCAAAACAUCUCAGAAGACACUGUCACUUUCGAAACUGUUGGAUAUGAAGUCACAGAAAUGUGGACUGCGGCACACAGUUUUCUCGGCCAAUGGGAAUGAAUACACUGGGGAGUGGCAGGACAACAACAAGCACGGAACGGGAAUUCAAGUUUGGAAGAAGUCUGGUGCUAUUUAUGAAGGAGAGUGGAGAUUUGGAAAACAGGAUGGAUACGGCACUUACAGUGUACUGCAGCCAGAAACAAAGAAGUAUGAGAGGAAGUACUUUGGAGAUUGGAAAAAUGGAAAGAAACAUGGGUACGGGAAAUACUUGUAUAGUAAUUCUGCUGUUUAUGAGGGGGAGUGGAGUGAGGACCAUCGGAGCGGCUGGGGGAGAAUGUGUUACGAGAAUGGAGAUGUCUACGAGGGAGAAUGGAUGGGGGAUAAGAGCCAUGGACAGGGCAUCAUAAGAUUUGCAAAUGGAAACUGGUAUGAAGGCGCGUGGCAAGAUGGCAUGAAGAACGGUAAUGGAAAGUUCAACUAUUCUGAUAAAGGCAGACUUUAUGAAGGCUUUUGGGUGGAUGGCGUAGCAAAAUGUGGGACCCUGUCGGAGAGGGAUGUAACACCAACUCCGAGCAAGUAUCAAAUUCCACAGAUCCAGCUGGUGGACAUGGAGUUGGUUUUGAGGGAAGCCCAGUCAACCUACGCUGAUCACUAUUGAUGAACAAGAUGAUCAAGAGGCAAGGAAGGGUAGAGGGCUCUGGCUUUACAAAAAGAAGCAAAGACAAGUGUGUAAGUCCAAUAAGUAUUCCACACAAGUCAAAAUGUGAUUAUGCAGCAUGCGUAAGGAGACAAGUGUUCUUUAAAAUAAUCCAGUGUCAGGAGAAUGACUGAAAGUUCACCAUCCAACAGGACUGGCACAGUUUGCUAUAAAGCAAAAGGACAAACAUAUGUGCUAAAUAUUGUGUAAUAAAACUACUCAGAAACUUCAAAA